UCAACAACCCCGCGAACGAAAAAUAUAAAAUUGUAUUUUCUAUUAUUUCAGGUUUCUUCAGUCAUAAUUGUUGAAUGCUAAUAAGAGGGUUGAUGGGAAGGUUUCCAGUUGUAGAUAUAUAUAGAAUGGGAAAGAGUAAUUUUUGAUAUAUAAGCAGGUUGAAGUUGAAGAAGACGACGACGAAGGAGAGGACAGAAGAGAGGCGGUGUUGUUGUGCAGUGUGGCAGAGGCAGAAACAGAGUUUGAACCCAAUUUGAUCUCAGCUUCUUGAAUUUUGUGAUUACUUUUCAGGAUGUCAGAAGCCCAAAGGAGAUCACUAAUUAAUCCAUUGGUGGUUGGGCAUGCCAAUGGGAUAAUGAAUGGGGUAGUUCCAAUCAGGAACCCAGCAGCUAUAUCUGAAGUAGAUGAAUUUUGUCAUUCCCUUGGUGGGAAGAAGCCAAUCCAUAGUAUUUUAAUAGCUAACAAUGGAAUGGCAGCUGUCAAGUUCAUGCGAAGUAUUAGGACGUGGGCUUAUGAAACUUUUGGCACAGAGAAAGCAAUCCUAUUGGUUGCCAUGGCGACUCCAGAGGAUAUGAGAAUCAAUGCAGAGCAUAUAAGAAUCGCUGAUCAGUUUGUGGAAGUUCCUGGUGGUACAAAUAACAAUAACUAUGCUAAUGUGCAGCUCAUUGUAGAGAUGGCAGAGAUUACACAUGUUGAUGCUGUUUGGCCUGGCUGGGGUCAUGCGUCGGAGAACCCUGAGCUACCAGAUGCCCUUAAUGCAAAGGGGAUCAUAUUUCUUGGCCCCCCAUCUACUUCAAUGGCAGCAUUGGGAGAUAAGAUAGGAUCAUCAUUAAUUGCUCAGGCAGCAGAUGUCCCCACACUUCCAUGGAGUGGUUCACAUGUGAAAAUUUCUUCUGAUAGUUGCUUGGUGACCAUUCCAGAUGAUAUAUAUAGGCAAGCAUGUGUUUAUACAACUGAGGAGGCUGUUGCAAGUUGUCAAGUUGUGGGUUAUCCUGCAAUGAUUAAGGCAUCUUGGGGUGGUGGCGGUAAAGGAAUAAGAAAGGUUCAUAGUGAUGAAGAAGUUAGAGCUCUGUUUAAACAAGUUCAAGGUGAAGUUCCUGGCUCACCUAUUUUCAUAAUGAAGGUUGCUUCCCAGAGCCGACAUUUAGAAGUCCAGUUACUCUGUGAUCAGUAUGGAAAUGUCGCAGCUUUGCAUAGCCGUGAUUGUAGUGUUCAGAGGCGGCACCAGAAGAUAAUUGAGGAGGGUCCAAUUACUGUGGCUCCAUUAGAGACUGUGAAGAAGUUGGAGCAGGCAGCUAGAAGGUUGGCUAAAUGUGUAAACUAUGUUGGAGCAGCUACCGUUGAAUAUCUUUACAGUAUGGACACGGGCGAGUACUAUUUCUUAGAGCUGAACCCUCGUUUACAGGUUGAGCAUCCUGUCACCGAGUGGAUUGCUGAAGUAAGUCUUCCAGCAGCGCAAGUUUCAGUCGGGAUGGGCAUUCCUCUCUGGCAAAUUCCAGAAAUAAGGCGAUUUUAUGGAAUGCAACAUGGUGGUGGCUAUGAUGCUUGGAGGAAAACUUCGGUUGUUGCCACACCUUUUGAUUUUGACAAGGCAGAGUCUACCAGGCCAAAAGGUCACUGUGUAGCUGUCCGUGUGACAAGUGAGGAUCCUGAUGAUGGUUUUAAGCCUACUAGUGGUAAAGUACAGGAACUGAGUUUUAAAAGCAAGCCAAAUGUGUGGGCUUACUUCUCUGUUAAGUCUGGAGGAGGCAUUCAUGAAUUCUCAGAUUCUCAAUUUGGUCAUGUUUUUGCAUUUGGAGAAUCUAGAGCUCUAGCUAUUGCAAAUAUGGUUCUUGGGCUGAAAGAAAUUCAAAUUCGUGGAGAAAUUCGUACCAAUGUUGAUUACACAAUUGAUCUUUUACAUGCUUCAGAUUACAGAGAAAAUAAAAUACAUACCGGUUGGCUGGAUAGUAGAAUUGCCAUGCGAGUUAGAGCGGAAAGGCCUCCGUGGUAUCUCUCUGUUGUUGGUGGUGCUCUAUAUAAAGCAUCAGUGAGCAGUGCUGCUGCGGUUUCAGAUUAUAUUGGUUAUCUUGAAAAGGGACAAAUACCUCCCAAGCACAUAUCACUUGUCAACUCUCAAGUUUCUUUGAACAUUGAAGGAAGCAAAUAUACGAUUGACAUGGUCAGAGGGGGUCCUGGGAGCUAUAGAUUGAGAAUGAAUGAAUCAGAAGUUGAAGCAGAGAUUCAUACUUUACGUGAUGGGGGUUUACUGAUGCAGUUGGAUGGAAAUAGUCAUGUUAUAUAUGCAGAGGAAGAAGCAGCAGGAACUCGCCUUCUUAUUGAUGGAAGGACUUGCUUGCUUCAGAAUGAUCACGAUCCAUCAAAGUUAGUGGCUGAGACACCAUGCAAGCUGCUGAGAUAUUUGGUUUCUGAUGUUAGUCACAUUGAUGCUGAUACACCUUAUGCUGAGGUUGAGGUCAUGAAGAUGUGUAUGCCUCUUCUUUCACCUGCUUCUGGACUUAUCCGAUUUAAAAUGGCUGAAGGUCAAGCAAUGCAGGCUGGUGAGCUUAUAGCAAGCCUUGAUCUUGAUGAUCCUUCUGCUGUAAGAAAAGCUGAACCAUUCCAUGGAAGCUUUCCAAUCUUGGGGCCUCCAACUGCAAUUUCUGGUAAAGUUCAUCAGAGAUGUGCUGCAAGUCUAAAUGCAGCUCGCAUGAUCCUUGCUGGUUAUGAGCAUAAUAUCGAUGAAGUUGUGCAAAGCUUGCUCAAUUGUCUUGACAGUCCUGAACUCCCUUUCCUUCAAUGGCAAGAGUGCUUAGCUGUUUUGUCUACCCGCCUUCCCAAAGAACUGAAAAAUGAGUUGGAAUCGAAAUAUAAGGGGUUUGAGGGGAUUUCCAGUUCCCAGAGUGUUGACUUCCCCGCCAAAGUAUUGCGAGGUGUUCUUGAGGCACAUCUGUUGUCCUGUCCUGAAAAGGAAAGAGGAGCUCUGGAAAGGCUUGUUGAGCCUUUGAUGAGUCUUGUGAAGUCUUAUGAGGGUGGAAGAGAGAGUCAUGCCCGUGUAAUAGUUCAGUCACUUUUUGAAGAGUAUCUGUCUGUUGAAGAAUUAUUCAACGAUAACAUCCAGGCAGACGUAAUUGAACGUCUUCGACUUCAAUAUACAAAAGAUCUUUUGAAGGUUGUGGACAUUGUGCUUUCUCAUCAGGGUAUCAGGAGUAAAAAUAAGCUGGUACUACGGCUGAUGGAACAAUUGGUGUACCCAAACCCUGCUGCAUACAGGGAAAAACUUAUACGAUUCUCUUCGCUCAAUCAUACAAAUUAUUCCGAGUUGGCACUAAAGGCAAGUCAAUUGCUGGAGCAAACCAAAUUAAGUGAACUUCGGUCUAGCAUUGCUCGAAGCCUAUCUGAAUUAGAGAUGUUCACUGAGGAUGGUGAAAGUAUGGAUACUCCCAAGAGGAAAAGUGCCAUCAAUGAACGAAUGGAGGAUCUUGUGAGCGCUCCUUUAGCAGUUGAAGAUGCACUUGUCGGUCUGUUUGACCACAGUGAUCACACCCUUCAAAGGCGGGUUGUGGAGACUUAUGUUCGUAGGCUAUAUCAGCCUUAUCUUGUAAAGGGGAGUGUUAGGAUGCAGUGGCACAGAGGUGGUCUUAUUGCAUCAUGGGAGUUCGUGGAGGAGCAUAUUGAGAGAAAGAAUGGGUCUGAAGAUCAAAUGUCUGAUAAACUGUUGGUUGAGCAACACAGUGAGAGGAAAUGGGGAGCCAUGGUUAUAAUAAAAUCUCUUCAACUCCUUCCCCCAAUCAUUACUGCUGCAUUGAGGGAAACUUCUCAUAACAUUCAUGAACCAAUUCCAGAUGGAUCUGCUGAACCAACUAAUAUGAUGCAUAUUGCAUUGGUGGGCAUCAACAAUCAGAUGAGUUUACUUCAGGAUAGUGGUGAUGAGGAUCAGGCUCAAGAGAGAAUAAACAAAUUAGCCAAAAUACUUAAAGGGGAGGAAGUGGGCUCCAGUCUACGUGCCGCAGGUGUUGGGGUCAUUAGCUGUAUCAUUCAGAGAGAUGAAGGAAGGGCUCCCAUGAGGCAUUCCUUUCACUGGCCAUCAGAAAAACAUUACUAUGAAGAAGAGCCUCUGUUGCGUCAUCUGGAACCUCCUCUAUCCAUCUACCUUGAAUUGGACAAGCUUAAAGGUUAUGAUAAUAUACAAUACACUCUAUCCCGCGAUCGUCAGUGGCAUUUAUACACUGUUGUAGACAAGCAGCUACCAAUUCGGAGGAUGUUCCUCAGAACUCUUGUCAGGCAAAGCACAAAUGAAGGAUUCACGUCUUAUCCAGGACUGAGUAAAGAAACCAGUGUUGCCCAAUGGAAUAUGUCAUUUACUUCAAGGAGUAUUUUGAGGUCAUUAAUGGCUUCAAUGGAGGAGCUAGAGCUUAAUAUGCACAAUGCCUCAUUCAGAUCUGACCAUGCCCAUAUGUACCUUUGUAUCUUACGCGAACAACAAAUCAAUGAUCUUGUGCCAUACCCCAAGAGAGUUGAUGUAAAUGCAGGGCAAGAAGAAACUGCAGUUGCAGUGAUCUUAGAAGGACUGGUACGUGAAAUUCAUUCAAAUGUUGGUGUAAGAAUGCAUCGUUUGGGUGUAUGUGAGUGGGAAGUGAAGCUUUGGAUGGCAUCUUCUGGGCAAGCAAACGGUGCUUGGAGAGUGGUUGUAACAAAUGUGACUGGUCACACCUGCACUGUACAUAUAUAUCGAGAACUUGAAGAUACCAGCAAACACAGAGUAGUGUACCAUUCAAUCUCUGUACGAGGCCCUCUGCAUGGUGUAGAAGUCAAUGCUGAGUAUAAAUCUUUGGGAAAAUUAGAUCAGAAACGUCUUGUGGCCAGGAAAAGCAGCACUACUUAUUGCUAUGAUUUUCCUCUGGCAUUUGAGACAGCACUGGAGCUCUCAUGGGCAUCCCAGUUCCCAAAUAUGAAUAAACCCAAGGAUAACGUUCUUCUCAGAGCUACAGAACUCAAAUUUGCUGAUGACAAAGGGUCCUGGGGUACUCCUCUUGUUUCUGUUGAGCGUCCACCUGGACUUAAUGAUGUUGGCAUGGUAGCCUGGCGCAUGGAUAUGUCUACUCCUGAGUUCCCAUCUGGAAGGACAAUUUUAAUUGUAGCAAAUGAUGUUACCUUUAAGGCUGGAUCUUUUGGCCCAAGAGAGGAUGCAUUCUUCUUAGCGGUAACUGAUCUUGCUUGUGAAGAAAAACUUCCAUUAAUCUAUUUGGCAGCCAAUUCUGGUGCCCGUCUUGGAGUAGCUGAGGAAGUCAAAGCCUGCUUUAAAAUUGGCUGGUCGGAUGAAUCAAACCCUGAGCGUGGUUUUCAGUAUGUAUAUUUGACACCUGAGGAUUACGCUCGGAUUGCAUCAUAUGUUAUAGCACAUGAAAUGAAGCUGGAAAGUGGAGAAACCAGGUGGAUUGUGGAUAGCAUUGUUGGGAAAGAGGAUGGACUUGGUGUUGAGAACCUAAGUGGCAGCGGUGCUAUUGCUGGUGCUUAUUCCAGGGCAUACAGGGAAACCUUUACUUUGACAUAUGUGACAGGCAGAACUGUUGGAAUAGGUGCUUAUCUUGCUCGGCUUGGGAUGCGGUGCAUACAGAGACUUGAUCAGCCCAUAAUUCUUACUGGUUUCUCAGCAUUGAACAAACUUCUUGGCCGGGAAGUGUACAGUUCCCACAUGCAACUUGGGGGACCUAAAAUUAUGGCAACUAAUGGGGUCGUUCAUCUAACUGUUUCAGAUGAUCUUGAAGGUGUUUCAGCUAUUUUGAAGUGGCUGAGCUAUGUUCCUCCCCAUAUUGGUGGGUUACUUCCCAUUACAAGUCCCUCAGAUCCUACAGACAGGCUUGUUGAUUACUUCCCGGAAAACUCUUGUGAUCCCCGUGCUGCUAUCUGUGGAACAUUGGACAGUAAUAGUAAGUGGAUGGGGGGUAUUUUUGACAAGGAUAGUUUUGUUGAAACACUGGAAGGUUGGGCAAGGACUGUUGUUACAGGAAGGGCAAGGCUUGGAGGAAUUCCUGUUGGAAUUGUUGCUGUUGAGACACAGACAGUUAUGCAAGUAAUACCUGCUGAUCCCGGUCAACUUGAUUCCCAUGAAAGGGUGGUUCCUCAAGCUGGGCAAGUCUGGUUUCCUGAUUCUGCAACCAAGACAGCUCAAGCUUUGAUGGAUUUCAACAGAGAAGAACUCCCUCUUUUCAUUCUUGCUAACUGGAGAGGCUUUUCAGGUGGGCAGAGAGACCUUUUUGAGGGGAUCCUUCAGGCUGGAUCAACCAUUGUCGAAAACCUUAGAACAUACAAACAGCCUGUCUUUGUUUACAUCCCCAUGAUGGGUGAGCUCCGUGGUGGGGCAUGGGUGGUUGUUGACAGUCGGAUCAACUCAGAUCAUAUAGAAAUGUAUGCUGAUUGUACAUCUAAAGGUAAUGUUCUUGAGCCAGAAGGGAUGAUUGAAAUCAAGUUUAGGACAAGGGAACUACUAGAGUGCAUGGGAAGGCUUGACCACCAGCUUAUAGAUCUGAAGGCAAAACUUCAGGUAGCGAAAAGCAAUGAACCCCCGGCAAUGGUUGAAUCUCUGCAGCAGCAGAUAAAAGCACGUGAGAAGCAGCUUUUGCCAGUCUACACUCAAAUAGCCACCAAAUUUGCUGAACUUCAUGAUACUUCCCUGAGAAUGGCUGCAAAACAGGUAAUCAGAGAAGUUGUGGACUGGAGUAGAUCGCGUUCUUACUUCUACAGAAGAUUGCGCCGAAGAAUUGCUGAGAGCUCUCUAGUGAAGACUUUGAUAGAUGCUGGCGGUGACCAUCUAUCACACAGAUCUGCCAUAGAUUUGAUCAAAGAAUGGUUUUUGGAUUCAGAUAUUGCUAGAGGCAAAGCAGAUGCUUGGUCAGAUGAUGAAGCUUUCUAUACAUGGAAAAAUGAUUCUAAGAAUUAUGAGAAAAAGCUACAAGAGUUGGGGGUCCAGAAGGUAUUGCUUCAAUUAACAAAUAUUGGCAAUUCAACAUCAGAUUUGCAAGCUCUUCCGCAAGGUCUUGCCACACUUCUAAGCAAGGUGGACCCAUCAAGCCGACAGCAAUUAGUUGAUGAAAUCUGUAGGGUGCUGAAAUAGAUAGGAGGUUUGUGAUUGUACCACAUGAUCAUGAUGUUGCUCCUCUGCUUAAAUCAUAUCAACAUUUUGAAAAACCAACCAAUAUUAGAAUGGUGAAGGGUAAUUUGAGUCAGCGUAUACCUUUACAAGGUGUAAAUUCUAACUAUAUUUUUUAUUUUUGAGAAGAGAGCAACCCCAUUGCAGGCUUUGUUCCAUUAGUUUCCUGCAUGGCUGCUUGUCUUCUUCCUUUAUUAUUGUUGUUGUGGUGGUGGUGUAAUAAACUCUGGGAAAAAAGUAAUAAAUUCUACUUUGAAAUGAAAA